GGGAGGUACCAUUGAUCAAGCCUUUCUCAACGCAACCAGCAACAAUCAAGACUCUAUCCUAGACGUCUACAGGUAGAAAUUACAAUGGAUAUUGACGACGACGACGAUUUCUACGCUCCUGAUGAGCCCACUACUCACGAUGAUCAUCACAACCCCACCGCGACAAACGUUGCUACUCUACCCAUACAAUUGCAGACACAGCAGCAGCAACAAGAACAAGAAAAUCGAAAUGAAGAAGAUUUAGAAGAAGGAGAGGAAGAAGACGAAGGCGCCGACAUGGAUGAAGACGACUCGGACGUAGAUAUCAUCACUGAACGAAAGGACGGUAUCAAUGCUCCUCCUCCAGCCCAAUCGCGAUACAGCGACAUAAGAAAUAUACCUCAACGGUCGGCGUCAAGUGAUGCUACCGCCAAGCCCACCGCUAUCAAGAAAGAGAGCGCAUCAACGCAACCUACCUUAGGUCCUGACCUGCCCGCGGUAUCUACAUCAAAAGUGGACGUUAAUGCAAUACCUGUCUAUAAGCCAGUGGGGAAACCCAUCACGCAAGUCAGCAUCGAUGAAGACCUAGCGGAAAACGACAAACCUUGGCGGAAACCCGGUACCGAUCUUAGCGACUAUUUCAAUUACGGUUUCGACGAGUUUACCUGGUCUUUAUACGCCGCCAAGCAGGAUAAUGUCCGCAACGAGUACAGUUCAGAUGUCAUUGCUCAGAAUAACAAGAAGAUGCUAGAGGAUAUACAGAUGAUGAUGAUGGGCGGUAUGCCUGGAAUGAAUGGGACAGGCGCGUCAGGUGGCAUGGCAAAUAUGCCCGGCAUGGACGGCGUCUCCCCCGAGAUGCAAGCCAUGAUGCAACAGAUGAUGGCGUCUGGCCUGGAUCCGAGUCAGAUGGACCCUUCCGCCAUGUCCGCCAUGUUCUCCGGAAUGCAAAACUCUGGAGGCAACGCCGCUAGUGGUCAAGGUAAUCAGAAUCAAAAUUUCAGCGGAGUCAGCCAGGGAUUCAGCGGUAACCAAGGACAGAACUUCGGGUAUGAGCAGAACUUGGGACGAGGCGGCGGGGGCGGAGGAGGCGGAGGGACUGGGAGUUUUAGUGGCCGUGGCCGUGGCGGGCGUAGGAAUUGGUAAGCCUAUUACCUCCAGUGCCUCCACUACAUACCAUAUAGGUAUGUAUCCACAUUGCUUAGAUUACCCCUCUUGAUUACUAUAUGAGAGGUGUAUGUUAAGAGAUGAUGAGUGCUGCAUAGACACUCCGAAUAAGUGAAAUUUAACCGCAUAAUCGUCACACGAUACUCCACCGUUCAGAAUCAUUCGGUUCCUGGUAUACGACCCGUGUUGUGGUGAAGAGGCCAGCCUCUUUUCGUCCCGCCCAGUACCAGAUUAUUUCCAUGCCACAACGCCGGCUGCAUUGCUGUACUAAAAAUCGAUCUUGAUUCCGCAUACCUACUAGGUAGGUACAUAUUCUACCAUAAGAAAAUACUCUAUCACACGAAUGCGAAACUUUGGCAUCCUAAAUAUUAGGAAGGCGUUAGAUGUAUCAUGGUUCUUGAUUUGAGAUCGUACAAGAGCUAGAAACUAAAGAGCCAAUCAAUGACUACGUCCCAGCACGUUCUAGGAAAUCGGCAAUCUCGUUACGGAUCUGCGGGUCUACGAUCUAACA